AUGGCACACGUUGAUGAACCGGUGACCGAUGAGUUCCUUGCAAAAAUUGAAGCUCUUUUUCAGUUGGCUGGCGGGUACGCAGAGGUUGGGGAGCAGCUUGCCUAUGUACCUCAACCAAGGCAAUACGCUGUCACCAUGUAUAGCAUACUGGCGAUGCGUCAGGCGAUUGAUCAAUUUUGGCAAGAGCACCUCACAGUACCCCGGGGAGUGUCGGCAACUGCCGCAGAGCUGCCUUUAGUGGUUCAAGCACGCAACUGGCACUAUGUGCCUGUGUUUACCGUGAGUUCUGUGGUUUGUGGCCUUUGGGGUGCAGAAACUUCUGAUGACCUGCUGACAUUAGUUCUGGAUCAUAUCAACGCGCAGAACGUGCAGUUCAAGCGUGAUUACCUGCCUCGCGGUUACUUGGAAAGCGAUCCCGCAGCGGUUUCCAGUCUCAAGAGCUUUGUGCGACGAAAGUUGAGGCACUGUUGGGGCAGAGUGAGGGACUUGCUCCUGAGUGCAAUCCAACCUGGUACGGGGGGGAAUGUGACCCAUCCAGUGCCCAGUGUGUCGGCCUUGAUUGCUGAUAUGAGAGCUGCUUUGAUUCCCCCAAAUGCAAAUCAACCGGAGGCUGAAGCCGGCAAUGAUAGGGCUAACCAGUCUCACCUGAAGGCUCGCAUUGCUUAUCUGCAAGUGCAAACCGUGGCACAGGCAAGGGCCGCCAAUACCGUACAGCGUGGUUUUUAUCAACUGGUCCUGAGGUAUGAUCAUGCCACAUUUGGCCAACAAUAUUUCGCGGACAUGGACCCGGAAUCAAUCAAGUUGCCAAUGGAGGAGGAGGUGCAGGAGCGCAUGCGGGAAAAUGCCGCCAAAGACAAACCUGCCAAGCAGGAAGCCCUUAAUGGCUGA